AUGUACCUUACGAAGCAAAUCAACAGUGUCAAAAUUUGUUAUGACGAGUGUGGAAUGGCUGACCGACCUGCUCUAGUCCUCUUGACUGGGUGGGCGCACGACCUCCGUCUGUAUGACGAGCUUCUGCCCUAUUUGAGCCGCAAGUACUGGGUCAUUAGGGUCUGCUGGCGAGGACACGGUCAAAAGCGCGACGAUAUCGAUGAUUUUGGGGUUGAGGAGCAGAUCAGCGACACCAUUAGCCUGCUCGAAUCCCUGGAAGUCGACAAAUUCUAUCUUGUCUCGCAUUCACAUGGUGGCUGGCCCGCAUUGGGAAUUGCCGACAAGCUGGGAAGAGUCCGUGUUCCUUGUCUCUUGAUGAUCGAUCAGAUCAUGACCCAGCCUCCUCCCGAGUUUGCCGUGGGACUCCAAGCGAUGCAAGAGAAGAAAACGUGGAAAGCUGCCCGCCAAGGUCUAUACGACAACUGGAUGGCCGGUAGCGACAAUAAGGCCGUUGAAACCCAUUUUAUCUACUCAUUUGGAGGCUUUGGUCACAAAUUCAUCGCUGCGGCCUAUGAAAAAUAUGGCACACCCAUGCGCCGUAUGGAAAUGAUCGAGAAUCCUCCUCUUAUUCGGCAUAUAUUCUCCCACCCACUAAAUCAACCUGAAUAUCGAAAGUUGCAUGAAGACCUGAGCAGGAAGCACUCUUGGUUCUCCUUUGCUGAUCUCGAGGGCGAGACGCAUUUCCCAAGCCUUGAAAUUCCCGAGAAGGUUGCCCAACAGAUUGACCAGCUUGUCCAGGAAGCUGAUAGGGAUAUUCAGUGA